AUGGAAUCUUUUGCACCUGGGGAUAGUUCCAACACUGAUGGAAUUCAUAUCGGGUCAUCAACUGGGAUUAAGAUUUAUGAUUCACGGAUAGGAAUUGGUGAUGAUUGUGUAUCACUCAGUCCUGGAAGUGAAAACAUUCUUGUCUCCAAUGUCGUAUGUGGACCAGGACAUGGUAUUAGUGUUGGUAAUGCUGGCACCGACAAUGGUGUAAGAAUCAAGACAUGGCCCGACUCUUGUGAGGGUGUACUUUCCAAUUUCACAUUUGAAGACACUGUCAUGAAUAAUGUCCAAAACCCCGUUGUUAUUGGCCAGGAAUAUUACCCAUAUAAUGCUUGUAACAAGAAGGAAUAUGAACACAAUACUAAUCGUUCACGGUUGAUUUCUCAAGUGGUUCGCUCAAAGGUGAAGAUCAGCAGCGUGAAAUACAACAACAUUCGCGGCACUUCCUCCGCCAAAGUUGCAGUUAAUCUUCUGUGUAGCAGAUUGAAUCCGUGCAAAAAUGUGGAGAUUGGUGAUAUCAACUUGGUUUACAAUGGCACUGAAGCGGGUCCAACAACGUCUUCUUGUUUAAACGUUGAGCCAAUCCUCAAAGGAAAACAUAUUCCAUUUACUUGUGUCUAG